AUGAAGCUUGCUAUAGUUUCAAAUGAUGGCAAGCUGGCAUGGGGCUCUUGCUUCGCGAGCUGCCACGGAGAUCACGUACCGGCAGCCAUCAAGCUUGUGAAGAAAGCCGGGGACGGCGACAAGGUGGAUCCUGAUUGCGUAGCUUUUUCUUCAUUCGACGUGGUGCGCUCAGCACGACUGGACAUAAAGGCUCGCUACAGGGCGGGUGACCAUGUAGCCCUUGCAUUUAAUGACCCCGAUUCAUUUUUUGUGGCCGCUGUUGUGCGCUGUGACACGUGGGCUGUGCAGUGGGCAGUAGAAAAGAGUGCGUGUCUUACUGACGCCUCCGUAACGCAGCUUGCGGUUUUGUGCGCGAAUACGAUGUGUGGUGUAGCGAUUGCGUCCAGUAGCGCAUCCUCAUCAUCCCAGAUGCAGUACCUUUUCGUUGCCUCCCGCUUCGAUGUUCCCACGGCAAGCCGCAUUGAAAACAAGGAGUGGAGGCAGUUCCUGGCUCCGCCGAGGUGUAUUGAGACAGGGCUGGAGGAGGAGGGAAUCGCAUCCAUUAGCGCAUUCAACAGGAACACUCUUCUUGUUCUUACAGAGAAAGGGUCUCUGGUGCUGGUGCACCUGGAUGUUAGGGGCCUGAAGACACAUCCGGCUUCGACAGCGGCUUUCUACACCGUGCAGCGGAUUCAGUGCAAGCUAACGCUUGCAAGCAUUGAAUCCCGCAUUGUGGUGUACAACGAUGAAAAGGAGUGCGCUUAUGCAGCCGUCUACUCAGUUGCCGAAAAAGCGAUGGAACUUGUUCAUUUUCGUCAGACAACGGCAGAAACAGCCUCUCGCGCUGGUGAGGUGGUGGUGACCGUGCUGAAAGUGGCCACGAGCAUUCCUGUCGACGGUUUGCGCUUUGCCGGGCCGUUUCACCUUGUUGUGACCUGCUUACGUACAAAGGAGAAUAUGCAGUUUGUCAGCCUCAUUCCUGGCACCGGCGCGCUGGAAACGAUGGUCUUCGACCCUCUCACAGUGCCACACGUUCCCAUCGCCACGUUCUACAGCGAGUCAACGGAGGAGUUCGUAGUGAUUUCUUCGUCCCAGGGGGUUGCCGCAUUUGCUGGACUGACGAACGAGCAGAAAGUCGCGUCACUGAUCGAGACAACGCUGACGUUUUCGGCCGGCCCCUUUUCUCAAGCCUCGCUGAACAAGGCCACAUGGGGACUAGUCUCAAACCCGUUUCGUCACUAUGGUCCGCAAACCAGGCGCCAUGCAGAGGAAGAAAGCGGCGCUGACGAAGAGGAGGACUUGCAGCUUCUGCAAGGUGCUGGUGCUCGGUCUACUGGUCGCUGGACCCCUGUGACGCUGUGCUAUGCGUUGGCAACUCGCCGGUUAUUUUUGCCCGCGGUGCAGGUUGCGGUGUUUGCCGUGGAGACCGCGCCGUUUCUGCACACGCGACUCAUCAAGCAAUGGCACAAUGCCACAACUGGGCUCAAGGAGAUUCUGGGAGCGACUUCCACAAAGCUGUCUGGCGCGCUCGCACUCCCAUGGAAUCCGCGACAUGUUCGCCGUGCCUUGCGCCUCUUCAGUCAAGACGAGCUCUCCUCACUUCUUCAUCGCGUCGCGACGACGAUAGCGGCCAGCGAGUGUGUGGAUUCCCCUGUCUUGUAUCCUGAUGCCACCACGACCGCUGUCGAUAUUGCACUGCACACGAUCACCCUGGCUCGACAGAUGGGUGCCACUUUGAAGCCGGAGGACGUGAGGAUCGUCGCAAUCAUUCUGCGAGCAGCUCGCGAGAGCAGCCAUGAGCUAUUGCGUUACGCCAGUCGCAUGGAGCUGCUGAUGGAGAGCCAUUUGCAACAGAGGGCUAUGGAUCGCGUCUUGGAACGUCGUGCUUCUGCAUGCGGCGAGGGUGAUGAAGUGUCGCAGUCGCUGGAGGGGAACUUUUACGGCAUUGCGGCUGAGCUGCAGACUGAGCGGACCCUGCACACACGCUACACGUCAAACGCAUGGGCGCAGCACCUGGGCAAGUGCAAAGCGCAGUACAAAAUGGAAGGCGAAAGCGCGAUGCGGCUCCUUGCAGCAGCGCACAAUAAGAGUGAGAAAACGAUGGAAUGCGCUCUCAGUGACUGGCGGCAGCUUGGCUCCACGCCGCAUCAAGACCCGCUGUUAAACCAAUUUGAGCAGGCACUCUUGUAG